AUGACAGCCCGCGCGAAGCGAAGACGGCUCAACGACAGCGAAACAACGGCAGAUGCGCAUUCAGACCUGCCCGAGAAGAGUGCCUGGAAUGGAUUCUGUGAGAUCGAAUCUGAACCAACGGCCGACAACGCUUGUGCGAGCGUGGCUCUCCUGAACAUUGUUAAUAACAUCGACGAUAUAACCCUCGGCGAUACUCUUGCCGGUUUCAAGGAAUUCACGAUGCCUUUCACGCCUGCGUUGAGAGGCGAUGCCAUAGCCAAUUUUGAGUUUGUUAAGGGUAUACAUAAUUCAUUUGCACGCAACAUGGAUAUUCUGAAUUCAGACUUGAAUCUGAAGAAUGAAGCCACUGCUAGCAGCAGAUCGAAGCGUCAAAGGGACCCGAGUAACGCAGACGAGGCAGCUUUCCACUUCAUCGCAUUCGUGCCAGCACUGGGCCGGGUGUGGAAAUUUGAUGGCCUGGAGCGUCAGCCUCAAGAUCUCGCGGCCUGCUCUGACGGCGACUGGCUUGAGCAAGUUCGAUCGCAUCUUAUCGGUAAGAUGACCGAGUAUGAAGAGGAUCAGAUAGAAUUUUCAGUGCUGAGUCUCGUACGCGAUCCUCUCCGGGACCACGUUGAACACUUGGCUCGGAACGUAAAGGAGCUGCAGAGGAUACGCGAUCGGCUUACUGCAUCCCAACUCGACGACUUACGAGCAAUGUUAGGCACUGGUGUUUAUGAAAAUGUGCUCCUAGGCGCAAGUCCGGCGUUGGGGUUAACCGAAGAGAGCAUGCAUCUCGUCCCGGCCUUGGACGACGAAGGGCUUACCAUCGAUGAGCUCCCGCAGGAGUAUGUCCGUCUCGCCAAUGACCAACGAGAUGUUACGCGGUCAAUCAUGGAAGAGAUGCAGCUCCGUCAGGCAGACGAUAUGUUUGCAGAGGGGAAACGCCAUGAUUAUUCGGCGGCGAUGGAGUUUUGGGCUCGGGCUUUGGCGCGGAAGGGGGUUCUCGAGGAGUUUCUUACCUAG